GCAUCACCUCCUCUACAAAAUGUCAAAUGUGUUGGUAUACUCUGGUACUGGAGUAUCAGCUUCAGCUUUAUCACAUACGCUAAGAACAUUGCGUACUCUGUUACCUUCCUAUGAUGUUCAGUGCAUCAACGCUCAAUCACUGGCUGUCGAUCCAUGGAUACAGUCUACUUCAUUAUUGGUAAUCCCAGGCGGAAGGGAUCUACCGUAUGUUGAUCAACUGGCCCAACAUCAUAGACUGCCAAAUUCUACAACCUCCUCAAGAGCUGAUGCAAGGAUACGACAAUAUAUCGAACAACAUGGAGGAUCAUUCGUGGGAAUUUGUGCAGGUGCCUACUACGCAAGCUCAACAUGCGAAUUCGAACGAGGCGAUCGCGUGAUGCAGGUUGUGGGUGAUCGGCCUGCACUACAGUUCUACCCAGGAACAUGCAGUGGAACAGCAUAUCCAGGCUUCGUCUAUGAAAGCGAUCAAGGUGCCAGGCUGAUCGAUGUUGCAAUGGAAGGACAGUGUGAAGCAGAGAAACAAUGGACAACAUACUACAACGGAGGUGGUGCAUUCAUCAAUGCUGAGCAGUUCAAACAACAAGGUGUAGAGAUACUGGGAAGAUACGUCAGUGAUCGAAAUGCAUCCAAUGCAAGCUCAGACGUACAACAGCACAGGCUGAAACCGGAAUAUGAAGGUCAAGCGGCGAUCGUUUUCUGCAGAAAGGGAAAUGGCAAAGCUAUCCUGUAUGGCACACAUCCAGAGUUUCCUGUUUCCAUUCAAGAGAAACCUACACAAGAGACAGGUGCUCCAGAAGCUUUGCCAGAGAAAGCUCAAGCGGCAUCUGUUGCUGCAACAUUGCAGGAGCUAGAGAUAAAGAGGCUGUAUCAAUUCGGGAAGCAACUGCAAUUACUUGGCUUGGAAGUCAAGCUUCCUGAAUUCCCCUCAACCGCAUCUGUGCAAUCGGAGCAGCCCAAACUCACACCUCUGGUACUGGUCACUCGAGCAAUACAGCAAGCACAGUCUAUUAUCUCGUCUCUGCAGCCGGCUUCGAUCUCAUUUAACAAAGCAGCAUCGUUAGCAGGAUCACCUGAAUCUGGCCUCUUGAUUUCUGUCUCGGAUACGAAUGAUGUGGUACACUUUUACGAUUCUUCAAGUUCUUCAACAUUGAGUGAAAUCUGUUCGCGAGCGGAUUAUACGCCAUACAUGACCCCGGUUGUCUCGCAAACAUCCGAUGAAGCCAGAGCCGGUCAAAGCUCUCAACCUGAAAUGGAAGUGGAUCUGCAAAAGGUGCCAAAGUAUGUCAUCGUUUCUACUUCUCCCGAAACGGAUUCCGACAAACGCUUAUUACCUCACUGGAAUCCACAAUUUUUCCUUAGCUAUUUGGACUCAUCGCGGCAGAUCAUCGAAAGACAGAUACGAGAACGAUGGGUACUUGGAACGUCUGGCGGAGGUGUAUGGAAUAGCACAAAUGAGCCUGUCGUCCUUGCUGAUGCACAUACGUAUACAUUUGUCGUCACGAGUACGCAAACGAUGCUUGACAAAAACUACAAACUUUUGACUCGGCUGCCAAAUGGAUUGACUUCAUUUGCUACCCAUCAAGUCUCAGGUCGUGGUCGUGGAAAGAAUGCAUGGAUUUCUCCUCUUGGGUGUUUGCAAUUUUCAACUUUGCUACAUGUUCCCACACCACAAAAGACAUUCUGGCAUGCUGGCAUGGGAGCUAUCGUAUUUGUACAAUAUUUGGCUGGUUUGGCAAUUGUUGAAAGCGUUAGGAGUGGGGCUCUUGGUCAAGAGUAUGCACAAGCGAUCGGGAACAAAAUUCGUAUCAAAUGGCCGAAUGAUGUGUAUGCACAAGUCGGUGAUGAGAGAAAAGGAACGUUCGUCUAUCGGAACAAAACAUAUGCCAAAAUGGCUGGUGUCUUGGUCAAUAGUCAAUUUGCUGGAUCUGAUUUGGCUCUGGUGGUUGGAUGUGGAAUCAACACUCUCAACGCAAGGCCGACAACAUCUUUGUCUGAUUUGAUCGAAGCAUACAAUCUAACUCAUCCAGAUCAAAAACCUCUCGAGAUCGUGUCUCAAGAACGAUUUGCGGGAGCAAUCCUGGCUACGUUUGAAAGGAUGUGGAAUACUUUCUUGAGAUAUGGCGGAAGCUUUGUACCCUUUAUUGAAGCAUACCGAAGAGCUUGGUUGCAUUCUGAUCAAGAAACACUGUUGAGCGAUACCGUUCCUCCCACUCGGGCUCGAAUCGUUGGAAUCACUUCCGACCAUGGUUUAUUGCGUUGUGUGCCGGUACAUGCGGACGGAACAACGUCUUUUGGUCAGGUAAAUGCCGAUAGCGAACUAGCAUGGGGAUCUGCUACUUCUACCGGACAAUUUAUCGAUCUGCAGCCAGACGGCAAUAGCUUUGAUAUGCUGCAAAACCUUAUCAGACGAAAAGAGUGAUUCUCACGAAGAACGCUUUUAGUAAUACAUGUUUCAUUUCAUGCUGUAAUAGUAUACGUAGAUUAUUUAAUAAGAUAAUCAUGAAAAUAUAGUGCAAAAAGUUUCUCUAAAAGGUAACAUCCCUAAGCAACUAGAGAUGCUAGCAAAGCAACUGGGUCCACGACAUCGUACAAAUGCGGGUCUUGUCCACGGUGAUGAUUGGCAGAAGCUGCUGCGGCUGCCGCGAUGGCACUGUUAAUCGCUUGAGCAUU